AUGUCAUUGUGUGGAUGGCUGGAAGUGAUUCAGGAUGUAUUCAGGAACUGCCUGAGGAGGAGAGAUGUGGGGUUGAUCAGUCAGUUACAGGAGUUGGACCGACAGAUCAGUGACCUGCGACUGGACACAGAGUGGUCACUGGACCGCGUGGAGACGGACAGCCGGCCGAGCUCAGGUUUUUAUGAGCUGAGUGAUGGGGUGUCCUGCUCUCUUUCUAACUCGUCCAACUCCGUGUUCAGCGAGUGUUUGUCCAGCUGUCGCUCCAGCAUCUGUUUCUGCACCGCCCUCGACUCCUCCCUCUGUCCCGCCUUCAACUCUACCCCUCGCCCCGCCCUUGAGUCUCCCCUCUACCAGGCCGGCGCUCGGCAGCAGUCCACAGAUGACCUGGUUGGUUGUGUGUUGGGGGAGUUGUCUGAUGAUCAGGACUCCUCUAGAAUGCUUCGUCACUCCCUCUCAGCCCCACAUGCCUCCCCCCCAGACUGCCAGUCUAAGUUCCAGUUUGAACUGGUGGACAGGAAGUCCAGUGAUGUGUUCAUCUGCCCCACCUUCCUCAACAUACUGAAACCAGAGCAUCCGCCUACUCCUGCUCCUGCUCUUGUACCCCAGAGCUCCUCCUGGCCAGCUUCCUCCUCUUCUUCAUCCUCUUCCUCCUCCUCUUCCUGUCAGACUCCUCAGAAGCGUCUGGACGGUUACAUCUACACUCUGCUGCAGAGGAGAGCUGGGCCCAUCCGAACCUGCAGACCCAGAACCACCAUCAGCACCGACCCCUCCAAGAGCAUCUUGAGACCGGCUGGUCUGUCAGGGAGACAGCCCCCUCUUCCUCCUCCUCCUGCUCACCCAGCUCAGGGAACGCUGAGGAGGUCAGAGGUGCGACCUGGCUGGCUGGCCGGUGGAGUUCAGGAGAUGGGAGGAUGCCAGAACAACAGUCAUGUGACACCAAAUGACUUGCAGAUAAUGAACGGCAGUUUGACACAAACACAAAGUGGCUCCCAUGUUGGUAAUGGAGGUUUGCAAAUUGGCCACUUUCUCAACAACAAGGACAUUAAUACAAAUUGUAAUAGUCUGUCAAAAAAGACAGGUUCUCCGUCAGGAAACAAAAGACUAGCACCGACCUCUACGGACACUCUGCUUCCUGAGCUAUCCAUUCCUGGAGUUGUCUCCUCCUCCAAAGACACAAAGCAGCCAUCUUGUUCUGUAGCAUCCACCACUGGCCAAGAACCUCUAAAACCCCCUCAAAGCACCAAAACCCAAUCAGCAACACCCAGAAAGAGCCCCAAGCCCCUCCCAUCUGGCCUAAUGGGGAUAAAUGAUAGGCCAGUGCCAGAACUCAUCAGUUUAGCCUCCUCCUACCAGAGCCAGAAUGAAGGGGGUAGGGCUGGGGCAGGUCACAAUGUCCGCACUGAGUACAUCCUCUCGCAGCAGCUGAGCGGUAAGCUCCGGAAGCGCAGCGGGAAGAAUGUUAAGGUCAUCAAGGGGAGGACUGCUGUGGUGAUGCAGCGAGGGCGGGGCUCUAAACAUGUUGAUUCUGUGUCACAGACACUGUCAGUCAGAAGAGACAAACAGAACCACAAGUCUACUACAAAGAAAACAUGUCUUCCAGAAUACCAGAGCUCCACCCACCAAAAAGUCUCCAUGAGAGCUGCAGCCGGGAUGUCCUCCUCUAGAAUCAAACGCAUCCCUGUACCGAUCCCAGAAGGCCAAGUUCUAGAUGGACACUCCACCGCCGCCAUGAGUUGCAGAGCUGGAGUAUCCAGGCCACAUCACCAAGGUCUCCAUGGAAAUCACCAUCAACAUCAUCACCAAGGACGGGAAGCGGUGGCGGUCAUCGCUAAACCAAAACAUAAACGGAGCGACUACCACAGGCUGCGGGGGAUCACCGAGCUCCAGUAUGACGAGGCAUUCCGCCGUGCUCAGCGCCGCCACCGGAGGGCACUACUGAGCCAGACCACGGCAAACAUGUGCCUGCCCUCUGAGGGGCAGCACAGCAGCCCCUACUCCUACGUGGGGGGGAGCGACUCUGAAUAUUCAGCCGAGUGUGCCUCCCUCUUCCACUCCACCAUCGUAGACACCAGCGAGGACGAGCAAUCCAACUACACCACCAAUUGCUUCGGAGACAGCGAGUCCAGCGCCAGUGAGGCGGAGUCGGUCACUACCUCCACCAGCAACUCCCAGGAGAGUGGAGGAGGGGCGGGGGGGAAGGGAAGGAGCAGGAAUCAGGCAGGGGCCAUCAGGUCAGGGACAGGAGGGCAGGAAAUGAGCCCAGCUCCGAACAAGACCUUUGUUAAGAUCAAAGCGUCUCACAACCUGAAGAAGAAGAUCCUGAGGUUCAAAUCUGGUUCGCUCAAACUCAUGACCACCGUAUGAGGAAACAGUAACCAGACCAGUUUCGUGCUGUAGCCAGACCGGCUCUGCUGUUAUGACUCUGGUCCAGAACCCUCUGCUUGCCUGAACAGGUCAGCUCCAUACUGAAGCAGACUUUGGAGGAGAGAUUGAAAAAAACAAUGUGAGGUUAAAGAUCUUUCUACACUGACAUCUGUCACCUUCUCCUUCUGAAAUGUGAAUGUGGAAACAAAAUUCCCUGCUGUGUCUCAACACCUUAACCAGCGUUUUGGAAUAAACCCUUUAACUCCUGUUGGAGGUAGAUCUCAUCAUCUCUGUGAGAUCGGAUCAUCUCAUCGGUCCCAGGGAGAUUAUAUCAGAACACUCUCCUCUUCCUCCCCCCUGUAGAAACCCGUUCAAGCAUGAGUGAAUCUCCUUCCAGCUCACAGGAACCACACAUAGUCUUUGUUUUCUGGGGAAACAGGAAGUGAUGAUGUCAAUAUCUUUUACUCUGGCGGCUGACCAGACUCUCUGGUACCAGCAGACAUCUUUCACAAAGACUCAUCCUCAGAUCUUCCACGGGGAGCGAUGAGGGCUAGUUGGUGAUCCAGGCGGAAGCUACGUGCUCAUAUGGAAGUCAUUGUAAAUGGAAUCAGAGGAAUCCGGGGUUCCCACUCUUUUUAGGAAAUCAUUUUCCAUGACUUUAUCUUGGACAUCCGGACAUUGUUGACAGAAGGUCAUAUUGUUCAGUAUUAACUAUCAGUGGGAGUCUCAACAGUCUCUACAUGGACUGUGUGACUGAACACACCGCCCAGACUUCACACACUGAUGUCACAUCUCAACACUAACACAUGGAGACCAUCAUCACAUCUCAGAUAAAAGCUACAUAGAAAUAUCCCAUCUCAGUGGUUAACGAUACAAUACAACACAAUACAACACAAUACGAUACAAUACGAUACAAUACGAUACAAUACGAUACAACACGAUACAAUACGAUACAAUACAAUACGAUAUGAUACAAUACGAUACGAUAUGAUACAAUACGAUACAACACGAUACAAUACGAUACAAUACAAUACGAUAUGAUACAACACGAUACAAUACGAUACAAUACGAUACAACACGAUACAAUACGAUACAAUACAAUACGAUAUGAUACAAUACGAUACAACACGAUACGAUACAAUACAAUACAACACAAUACGUUGCCUAACUUUGUAAUUUUCCAUGACCUCCACAUUAUUUCCAGGACAUUUGAUCCGUGUUAUAAUUUUCCAGUUGUUUUCAUGGCGGGAAAACUGCUCCUUGAAUUUCCAGGGUUUCCAGGAUCUUGUGGGAACCCUGGGAUCAGCUGUCAUGUCCAGUGGAGAUGGGUCAGUUGGUUUGGGUAAAACCUGGUUCUGGGUGAAAAUAAAGACAGUUCAGAAGCCGUCUUCUUCUCCUUCUGCACUUUGAGACAGA